AUGGGUGUGUCAAGCUGGGAAUACACAUUGAACCGAUAUGGCCAACGCGCGGCCGAAGUCCUGACAGCGGAAUGGCAUCUUGGUUUCACAGCAUUUGGCGGGCCGCCGGUUCACUUCAAAAUUUUUCACGACAAAUUCGUUGACAAGUUGAAAUGGGUCGAUGAUCAACUGUACCAAGAGCUCUUCGGAGUUGCCCAGGCUCUAUGUGGCCCGGCCAGCACCAAGAUGCUAUAUUGCAUCAACUUGAUUCACGAUGGAUUCUUUGGUGCCGUCAUUGGAUUCCUCAUAUGGAGCCUCCCCGGAGCACUCGGCAUGUUUGGCCUUGCCGUGGGCGUUUCCAGCAUCGGAUCGGCCCUCCCUCGCGCCGUCUAUGCCCUCUUGUCGGGCCUCAACGCGGCCACUGUUGGCAUCAUUGCCCUGGCAGCGGUGCAGCUCUCCAAUGCAGCCGUGACGGACAAGCUCACCAGGACAUUGGUGUUUCUGAGCGGCGCUGCCGGAAUGCUGUACAAUGCCCUCUGGUACUUUCCCCUGCUGAUGUUCCUCUGCGGUGUUGCGGCAGUUGUGCAUGAUUACCGCUGGCUACAUAGACCGAUCAAGGCGAUAGUGGCUCUGCUCAACUGGAGAAAGAAGGUGACAACUGCUGUUGAAGAGGAGGCUGUGAAUGCAGGAACAGACGUGCAACUCAGAGCCUUCAUGGGCAAAGAGCCUGUGCAGGAAGUGCAGCGCUCGUCCUUCGCCGGGCCAUCGAGGGCUGCCGUCCUGGAUCCUGACAACUCGGAGAGCGAGGAAAGGCCCCUUGGAGCCGGAGCCGAAUCAGAGCCCAGGGUGAUUCCGCGGGAAUACCGCUUGAACUUUUCCUGGAAAGUCGGAACAGCCAUCAUCGCAGGCUUCUUCGCCACCUUCAUCGCGGUCAUGGUCCUGCGCAGCGCCUUGCCCGAUCCGCCUCUCCUGUACCGCCUCUUUGCCAACCUCUACCUUGCAGGCACCAUCAUCUUCGGCGGUGGACCCGUCGUCAUCCCGCUGCUUCGAGAAUACAUUGUCGCCGAAGGAUGGGUCAGCCCGCGAGACUUUUUGAUUGGGCUCGCGAUUGCUCAAGCGUUCCCAGGCCCCAACUUCAACUUUGCCGUCUUCCUGGGCACGCUCGCCGCCUCCAACAGCGGCAGCCCGCCAGUUGCCGGAGCCAUCAUCGCCUUUGUGGGCAUCUUCUUCCCGGGCAUCGCCCUCGUCCACGGGACCAUGGGCGUCUGGGGCUCGCUGCGGAACAGACGCUGGGUCAAGUCUGGGCUGAGGGGCGUCAAUGCCGGGGCCGUCGGGCUGAUUUACACAGCCGUCUAUCGGAUCUGGCAGGUUGGCUAUCUGGAUGAAGGGUUUCAGUCUGGGCGAAGCCUGGGGGACGAUCCGUGGUGGGUUGUCGUCACAGCCACGGCGUAUGUCGGGGGCAGGUAUUAUGGAGUUUCGGCGCCUGCGGCCAUUCUUGCGGGAGCUGUCAUGGGGCUGGUUCGAUAUGGUGUUGUGGUUGGUCGAAGCUGAGAAUGGACUUGAUACAGAUUCUGUAAUAUCUCUACUAAGCAAGUUGGAAGGCUUGUGUACCUUGGGUACUUAGACGGUGCACAGUUGGUAGGUAUUUGCGCACUGUACCAGCCACAGGCCUUGAUCUCGCGUACAGUAAGGUAGUACCUACCUUAC